AUGCGUAGCACCGAUCCAUAUCGCUUGCAUGGAAAGAGGUCAGAAGCCACAUUUGCCACAGCCCUUCAAUAUGCUGCGCAGAACCAAAGUAUUGAACUUGUUUCUCUUUUGCUUUUCCAUGGAGCUUAUACCGAUUCUCGAGUUGCGCCGGACUAUGGCGAUACACCACUCCAGACAGCCGCAAAACAAGGCAACUUGCUGAUCGCCAGUAUUUUGCUGGAGUACGGAUCAGAUGUCAAUGCCAGCGCAGCGAAAUUCAACGGCCGAACAGCUAUCCAAGCGGCAGCGGAAUGUGGCCAUUUGGAACUUUGCGACAUGUUAAUAAAGUCUGGGGCUGAUGUGAAUGCGCCAGCAGGGUGGUCCGAGGGACUAACGGCAAUGCAGUCAGCUCUAUUGCGGGGGCAUAUUCACGUCGUUCGAUUUCUGUAUGCUGCCGGUGCGGACAUCAAUGCUGCUCCGGCCCCUGUAGCUGGACUGACGGCCGUGCAAGCAGCAUCAGUUAACGGUGAUAUCGAUAUACUGAAGAAGGUACUUGGGAUGGGGGCGCAGGCAAAUGCUCCCGCAGGGCAAAUAUUGGGAAGAACUGCACUUGAAGCUGCGGCGAUCAAAAAUAAGCUGACAGAGAUCGUACCCAUCCUACUGGAACGCAACCCAGACAUCAACGCCCCACCAGCUAGAAAACGUGGUGUCACUGCUCUCCAGGCGGCCGCACUUACAGGCCAAAUGCAAAUAGCAAAAGAACUUUUGGAACGCGGUGCAGAUGUUGCAGCUCCCGCCGCAGAAGAGGAUGGCAGAACAGCAAUAGACGGAGCUGCGGAGCAUGGCCGACUAGACAUGCUGCAGUUGCUGCUUAAUGCAUAUGGUGAUCGUGAGAAUUUAUCUCUUAUCUGUCAUAACGCAGCGAAAUUCGCAGAAAAGGAAAACCAUAUGCUUAUUGCGGAAUGGCUUCGAGGAUACAGACAUUCAUAG